AUUUCUUGGUUCAAAGAUACUUGAGCUCUGUGUUUAUAGUGGGACUACAGUUGCUCGGAAUAAUAUCCGGUAGUGUGUUCCAGGGCACUUGCUGAUGCUGCUUUCCUAAGGGUUUUAUUAACAUGACAAGCAUCAAGGAAACCAGAGAUUUUUUUCUUUGGUGCAUUGCAGUCAUUUAUUUGAUUGCAUUUUCAUCACUUUAUAUUCAGAUACCAGGUUUAUUUGGUGACAAUGGUAUUUUGCCAGCCAAGUUGACUUUAAAUUCAAAAGAGAUUUCGUCCUGGGAGGAGCUUCUGGAGGGCCAGCCCACCUUACUGAGACUGAUGCCGAGGCUUGGGCUGGAUACGGAGACCGGGAUGGACCUGCUGUGUCUGUGUGGGAUCCUGAUCUCCUUCUGUUGUGUCGUCUUCUCCACCACCCGUGACAUGAUCUCCUUCACCCUGCUAUGGAUGAUUUAUCUCUCUCUGUAUCAAGUGGGCCAGACAUUCCUUUGGUUUCAGUGGGACAUUCUGUUGCUGGAGACGGGAUUUCUCGCCGUUCUCCUGGCCCCGUUUAACAUGCAGUUUUUCUCCUCCCACCACCAACACGACAGAAUCACUCUGUGGUUGGUCAGGUGGCUCCUCUUCAGAUUGAUGUUUGCCUCGGGGGUGGUCAAACUGACCAGUGGGUGUCCCACCUGGUGGGGACUUACAGCUCUCACAGUGCAUUUUGAAUCUCAGUGUAUCCCCACUCCCUUUGCCUGGUUCUUUCACCACCUGCCUGUGUGGUUCCUCAAGCUGAGCUGUGUGGUUACCUAUGUGAUAGAGAUUGCUAUACCUCUGUUGUUCUUCUCCCCAGUCAAGUCCAUGAGGAUGUUCGCUUUUUAUUCACAGAUUCUUUUACAGAUACUGAUUAUUGCCACAGGGAAUUACAAUUUCUUUAACCUUCUGACUAUGGCUCUGUGUGUAUCACUGGUAGAGGACGAUUUCUUCAAGAGAAGUAAAGUAAAGAAGAAGAAGUCAGGAAUGCAGAGCCUUUUCAACUGUGUGUUUUCAUUUGUCAUAUACAGCUAUUUUAUAUACCAAACAGUGAAGCAGUUUUCUCUCCAAGCUUCUUUUAAUCCUACCUUUGAAAUUAAGUCCAAAAUAGCUUUCUCCAAAGCAGAUUUUUUCCAGUGGUUAGAGUUUAUUGUUCCUUGGACUAUUGUUAUUGGGGCUAUCUCCUUAGGAUAUCAAAUUCUUAUCUCCCUUGUCAGUUGCCUUAUAGAAGAGAAAGGAUUAAUAUGGAAGGUCUGGAGUUUGAUCCAGUGUACAAUAAUAGCAAUCGCUGCAGCAGCCAUGUUUUCUAUCAGUUUGAUACCCUAUACUGUGAUUGACCAAGGUUCUACCAAACAUAUUCCUAAACCAAUAUUCAGAUUGAAUGAGAAAUUAGAUUCUUUCCAGCUUACCAGUUCUUAUGGACUGUUUAGAGUAAUGACCGGAGUAGGAGGUCGUCCAGAGGUCAUUAUCGAGGGCAGUAACAGUGUGGACUCGGGCUGGAAGGAGUAUGAGUUUUACUAUAAACCAGGAAACAUAUCUAGAGCUCCUCCUAUCGUAGCCCCUCACCAGCCUCGUCUGGACUGGCAGAUGUGGUUUGCCGCCCUGGGCAGCUAUCAACACAACACCUGGUUUGUUCACCUCAUCUACAAACUUCUGAUCGGGCAGCAGGAGGUUCUAGAUCUGGUACAACACAAUCCUUUCCCCCAGAAGCCCCCCAAGUUUAUCAGGGCUAAGCUGUACCACUAUCACUUUACAGGACAGACACCCAAAGAUAAAGGGUACUCAAAGAAAAACUGGUGGGUUCGAGAGGAGAAGAGUGAAUAUUUCCCAGCGUUGGAAAAAGAUAAUACUUCGCUGAUAGAUUACCUCAAGAGAAGUGGAAUGUUAAAGAGUACAAAGAAGGACAAGAAGACUUUGACUUGGAUUGGAUAUUGUGUCCAGUACAUCCGACGGCUGAUUGGUCAACCCGAGGGCUUCUCCUUUGUUAUAACUGUCACAGGAACAGCGGUGAUGGCUAACGUCUUCAGUCUUAUUCUGUUCUGAGAGAUUUAACAUCAAAGACAUGUUGGACUUUUUAAAUGUGUAUCUGAAUCAUUUCUUAUCACAGAGUGAAUGUUGAUGUAUGAGAUUGCAAGAGUGUUCUAUCUGCAUGGUAUCUCCAUUAAUUCAGAUGAAGUGUGGUGUGUAUGACAUUUGUAGGGUGAAUUUUUUUUUGUACAUCUGUUUAUAGAAUUUCACUUCUUCCUACUUUCUUUUGAAAGAAAAAUUCAUUUUAUAUUUGUGAAUGAAGAUUUAUUGAAAGGUUAUACAUGUAACUCAUAAUCAAAAUAUUGCAGAAUGAAUCAGUAAUGUAUUACACUUGUCUAUGUGUCUGUAUGAAUCAGAAUAUGGUGCUAAUGAAGUGUAAUGGUUUAGACCUUGGGUAGCAGCUGGGAUAGCUCACUGAGCACCUGACUGGUAAUGAUGGGGGGCUGGGUUGGAUUACCUGUCCAGUCAUAUAUUUUCUCCUUUUCUUUUACAGUAGUAACACAUCAGCCAAAUGUCAUAUGAUAUAAAUUUCAUUUUAGCAAAGUGAAAAUUUCAAUUCCUUAGCAUUAUGAAUCUGUACAUUUAAAGUUUAAAUAGGUGCAGGGUAUAGAUUCAUAUUUAUUUAGUUUUCCUAAUUGUAGACAAAAGGAUUCUUUUGAAAAUCAUGUUAAAAUCUUACUAUUGCAUUUGCAUUUCAAAAGUUCAAAAAGGAUUGAUAUGAUUUGAGAUUUUUCAAUUUUACUGGAUUCAGCAUUACUUGUGAUAUGAAAUGUAUCUUUUUGUGUGUAUUUCUCCUUUUCUGUAUGUGAUUCUUGCCUUCAUUAUGAAAUGCUUACUGUAAAGCAAUUCUUCUUAAUCUUGUUUUAAUGUACAUAAAAUGAAGUAAUCUCAUUUAGAGCAUUAUAUUUAUGUUACAACUGGCUUGAAAUUUUAUGUUUUUGUUAUGUUAAGUUCAUGUGCCAUACAUGUGUACUGUGCCUGUAGUGUUGUUUUUUAUCCUUCUCCUUUUCUUUAUUGUUGUAUGCAUGAAGUCCCAUCUUUAUUUAAUACUAGAAAUCUUUUGCUCCAGGUUGCAGCUUUAUAAAAUUUGGUUCUUUAAAAAGUCGUAUUUUCAUGAUCUUAGUUCUCAUCAUCUGAGAUACAGACAACAUAGGAAGGAGAACUUUAUCUUUACAUGCCUGUCUUUUGGAAUUGUGAUACACCACAAAUUGUGCUCUCUCUAUCCACAAAUACAUUUUCAGUCAUGAAUAUCAAUCUGCCUUUAUUGAAAUCCACAGAUGGAGCGAGUUACUGAUUAUCAUGUUCCCAAAGAUACCAUGUAAAUAUUUCUUGAAAAGGGCUGUUCAGAUCUUAUAUAUGGGCAUUAUCUUAUUGUCACCUGAGCUGAUGUUUGGAUGCUAGGGUGCCUUUCUUUUACAGUUUUCAACAUUUUAUUAAAACUUCCUGUAAUUGUAAUUUGGAACUUCGAACAAAUAAAUGAAUAAUUUUUAGAAUUUGUUUGUUUACCUAAAUACCAGUGAUUUUCUGUAUCAUGAUAUAUAUAUCACACAAUUAAAAAAUCAUGAUACACUGGUAUACCAAUAAAAUUAUACAUCCUUAAUAAAGUAUUAAAUAUAUCAGAGAUUAUCAAUGAAAAUUGUUGUGUCUAUCCUAGGGUUGGGUGGGGCCAAUUAUUUACCAGUAUUUAAACUGAACUCUUUGCUUUUCUCCAAAUGUGCUCAGGUGAGCAAAAAGGCUCUUUUUUUAAUUACUUUUUCAUGUAAAUGGAUAUUUUUUAUCUUUAGAACAUACAACAUGGAUAUUUUUUAUCUUUAGAACAUACAACAUAAUCAUUUUUUCAACAAACGCAUCAUAAAGGACAGAUGAUUUAAUGUACAGUAAGGUGGAUAUAUGCUUGUACAUCAUGUAUGCUCUUUGCUGGUCGAAUGGACUAGAUAUUGUUUUCUCUUGUUAAUGCUUUUUUUCCCUCCAGUACAAGAAAUAAAUUAAUGAAGAAUUGAA